GUCGCGAUUUUUUCAUCGCAUCGCGUCAAAAACCGAUCGUGGUCUGUUUGUUUAAUCGGAACAUUUUCGCCUAAAAACUUGAGAAAAAAUCUAAAAAAGUCGUUCCAAAGCUGAAAAUAGCGUGCCGGAAGCGUUAUUGGUGUGAUUGGUAGUGGAAGCGUCAGUGUCUUCGAUCGCGGUUGAUGGAGUUGAAGCGGUGCUCUUGAGAAGCAGAAAUUAUUUUUUGUUUGGGUGCGGAAGAAACAACAUCACUGCAGAAGACAGGACUUCGGAAGUUGCUGGAGAAUCGAACUGGAAGGAUUCUUUGAUGUUGAAAGAUUCCAUUCGAGAAAAACGACAACAGUCGUAGGAAAACAAAAGCCUUGGAAGACGGUAAAAUCAACACAAAAAGGCUGUCGUCAUCGACGGAAAAAACGCCAGUAAAAACACGCAGAUCUUGCACUAAUGCGUCGUUACUAAGCGGGGUUUAGUUUUUUCUCUCUAUGGUAUCGUCUCGUUCUGCUUUCACUGGUCAACAAUUUUAGUAGUUGUAUAAGUCGCGGUCCAUUCUAAGCGGCGUUUUAGUGUUGAGCAGAGUGAAGCAAAAAAAAAAGGUCGGCAAAACAACAAGAAAGAAAUAAUCGACAAGCACCUCUCUCCGCCGAGUUUGAAGAAAGUGCAGAACAGCGUCGUUUUCCUCGUUUUCCGAUUGUCAGAUAAAAAUAGUUUGUGGAAGCCAAUCGGACAUCCCAAGUCAGCAGCAGCAACAGCAGCACCUGCAACCGGACGUUGGCAGUAGCAUCCGUCGACAUCGAUCGCCAGGCGCACCGCCGCCGCCACCAGGACCAUCCGGGUUCAUCGGAAGCGACCAACAUCAUCAGCAGCGACACCACGCUUUCGGAGGAGUUCUAGGCGGAUCGGCCAGUUCGAUUCGGCGACUGCCCGGGGGCAUUCUUAAGAACAGCAGCAUUAUUAGCAGCGGCGUGGUGGCGGCCGGUGGCGGUUUGAGUGGUUCCGGGGUAGUAGGAGGGGGCUCCACCAAAAUCAUGUCCGGUACGACGGCCAAACGUAAGGAGAUCUACAAAUAUCUGGCGCCAUGGCCACUGUACUCGAUGAAUUGGUCGGUGCGACCGGAUAAGCGCUUCCGGCUGGCACUGGGAAGCUUCGUGGAAGAGUACAAUAAUAAGGUGCAGAUCAUCAGCUUGGAUGAGGACACCAGCGAGUUUAGUGCCAAGAGCACUUUCGACCACCCCUACCCGACAACCAAGAUCAUGUGGAUCCCCGACUCAAAGGGUGUCUUCCCGGACCUGCUGGCCACCAGUGGCGAUUAUUUGCGGGUUUGGCGUGCCGGAGAACCGGACACCCGGCUCGAGUGUGUGCUGAACAACAACAAAAACAGUGAUUUUUGCGCUCCGUUGACUUCGUUCGAUUGGAACGAGGUCGAUCCGAAUCUGGUGGGAACUUCCUCGAUCGAUACGACCUGCACGAUUUGGGGCCUGGAAACCGGUCAACCACUGGGGCGGAUAAAUUUGGUGUCUGGUCAUGUCAAAACUCAGCUUAUCGCUCACGACAAGGAGGUUUACGAUAUUGCAUUUAGCCGAGCUGGCGGUGGCCGAGAUAUGUUUGCCUCAGUUGGAGCGGAUGGCAGCGUGAGAAUGUUUGAUUUGCGUCAUUUGGAACAUUCUACGAUUAUCUACGAGGAUCCGGCCCACACACCGCUGUUGAGAUUGGCCUGGAACAAGCAGGAUCCGAAUUAUUUGGCCACCAUUGCGAUGGAUUCUUGUGAGGUGAUCAUCUUGGACGUUCGUGUUCCCUGUACACCGGUGGCGCGACUCAGCAAUCACCGAGCCUGUGUCAAUGGGAUCGCCUGGGCUCCGCAUAGUUCGUGUCACAUUUGUACGGCCGGCGACGAUCAUCAGGCCCUGAUCUGGGACAUCCAGCAAAUGCCACGGCCUAUCGAGGACCCAAUCCUGGCCUACACGGCAGCCGAGGGCGAAGUCAACCAGAUCCAGUGGGGUGCCACACAGCCGGAUUGGAUUGCCAUUUGCUACAAGUCGGCCUGUGAAAUUCUUAGAGUCUAAGGCAAUGCUCUCUCGGGAGUUGCAAUGCAGACAGAUGUAUAUACGAAGACUGAUUUGGGUUUGGUUUUAUACCAUAAAAUACGCAAACAAACACAAAAGUUCAUCAAACAUACUAACAAAAAGUGGCACCCCCUUUAUAUACAUAAGUUAUCUAACGUGUAGCUUCCAGUUUUGCAAAUCUACUAGUAUUUAGUUUAGCUUCUUAGAUGUCCUAUUAUCUAACAAACAAAAAACGCAGAUCGAUUUUCAAGUGCAUGCAGUUGUCAAUGUAUGUUUAGUUGUAAAUACCAUCAAAGGUAGAAAAAUAAGUUAAACAAACAAUAAACUGGAAACAAUUAUCAAACUUACAAGCAUUGGUAUCACCCCGUAGUUUUUCGCAAACAAUUCUCUAGUACAUUCUUGACAGAGGUCACCAAACAAAGACAGACAGCGAACGCAAAGCAUUUAUUAACCACACGGCCUAGCCAUCCCAGUACACAGAACCAAGAAGAGUUAGUCCUAAAUUUUCGAUUCUUGAGUGAAACAAGAUAGUAAUUUAUCGAGAUUAAAAAAAAACUAGUUGUUUGCCCACAUUUGAGUUCAAAUCGUACGGUCUAAAGAGGUGGAACCCCGUAGUUCCAGUAGUUUACAUUUCACAUUGUGUCGAAAUUCAACAUUUUUCCAUCUUUCUCUGGAGGCGGAUAUUCGCUCACAAAAGGGUGAAAUUCGUAUGUGCGCUAGCUUUGUAAGGUAGAGUGAUUGUAGCAUUUAAGCAGACUAGAUUCGAAAUACAAAAAAAGAGUAACAUGUAGCUGCAGGAGCGAAAAAAGCAAACAACUCAACAAAAAAGUAGAAUCUUUGCUAGAAAACCAUGCAGCAAAGUUUUGAUGUUAAGAUGAAAUUACCACUAUUGCCGGGCUACAAAUCCACAAAUCAUAAAGCUCUAUUUCUUGUACGAAAAAAAAAAUCGUCGUGUCUAACCUAGUAACACUUUAGUAAAUAAAAUAUCUUAUAACAUA